AUGGCAGCCUACAGACGUGUAGCAGAGAUCUUGGUUUAUUUGUUUUGUUUUCUAAACCAUUCAAAUAUAUCCGGUAGAAGUUACACAAAGGAGGAUAUAGAUAAAUACAGAGAGAGAGUGCUGCAGAUGUUUCAUCAUGCUUAUGAUGGUUACGUUAACUAUGCCUAUCCUUAUGAUGAACUCCGACCUUUGACUUGUGAUGGAUUGGACACAUGGGGCAGUUAUUCUCUGACAUUGAUCGAUGCACUGGAUACACUGGCAAUAGUGGGGAACUACUCGGAGUUCAGGAGGGUAGCUCACCUGGUGUCUCAGAAGAUGGACUUUGAUGUUGAUAUCAAUGUGUCUGUCUUUGAAACAAAUAUCCGCAUACUUGGAGGUCUGCUGUCAGCUCAUCUAAUGUCACACAAGGCUGGGCUUGGGGUUGAACCAGGCUGGCCGUGCUCUGGUCCACUUUUGUCGAUGGCUGAGGAUGUUGCUCGCAGACUUCUUCCAGCAUUUGAUACAGUGACUGGGAUGCCAUAUGGGACAGUUAAUCUGCGACAUGGUGUCCCCAAGGGGGAAACGCCCAUUACAUGUACUGCAGGAGUGGGCACCUUCAUCAUUGAGUUUGGCACGCUCAGUAGACUUACUGGGGAUCCUGUGUUUGAGAAGGUGGCAAUGAGGGCCCUCCGAGCACUAUGGAACUACAGGUCACAAAUCGGUUUGGUGGGUAACCAUGUAGAUGUUAACACAGGGAAGUGGACAGCACUGGAUUCCGGCAUUGGGGGCGGCAUAGAUUCUUAUUUUGAGUACCUAGUCAAGGGAGGAAUCAUGUUUGAGAUUCCAGAACUCCUGCAGAUGUUUCAUGAAUAUGAAAAGCCAAUCAAUAAUUUUAUGAAAAGAGAUGAUUGGUAUCUGUGGGCACAUAUGAACAAAGGGGGUGUAACUCUGCCGAUGUUCACAUCUUUGGAUGCAUACUGGCCAGGAAUACAGAGCAUGCUGGGGAACAUUGAUGGUGCAAUGAAGACUAUGCAUAAUUUCCACCAAGUUUGGAAGCAGUAUGGCUUCACACCUGAAUACUACAAUAUUCCUAAGAAUGAAGUUCAUGGUGGUAGAGAAGGUUACCCGCUUAGACCAGAGCUAAUAGAGAGUGCAAUGUACCUGUAUCGGGCCACAAAGGAUCCCUAUCUACUGGACAUUGGUGUAGACAUACUAGAGUCUAUAGAACACAGCACCAAGACCAAGUGUGGAUAUGCCACAGUGAAGAAUGUAGCCACACAUGAGCUAGAGAACAGAAUGGAAAGUUUUUUCUUGGCAGAAACAACAAAAUACCUAUACUUGUUAUUUGACACGGAUAAUUUCAUCCACAACAAUGGUAGCUCAGGUUCUGUCAUUCAAACUCCGAAUGGUGAGUGUAUUAUUGAUUCAGGUGGGUACUUUUUCAACACCGAGGCACACCCUAUAGAUGUGGCUUGUGUUUACUGCUGUAGUGCUCAGAAGAAAGAGGAUGACAAAAUCCUACAGGGCAUGCAUGACCAGUUGGAUCUACUGUCAAUGUUUGGCAUUGUAGAGCCAUCAGACACUGUGCGGGGAACAAAAUGGAAAAAACUUCGCAAGGAGAUGGAACAACAGCAACAACAGGAAGCAAUCCUUCAACAAUACGAGCAGGACAAGCUUGAAUCGUUAAAUCAGGAGAUCAAUAAAAAACAGGAUUCAAAAGAAGUUAAACCAGAUACAAAACCAACUGUGGAAAUUAUAAUCAGUAAUAAACAGUCUGGAGAAGAAAAGAAUUCCAAUAUUGAAAUAGUAAAAAUUAAUUCAUCACAACCUGAAGACCCAGAUCCGGCGAAUGAAAAUAAUGAUGAUGAUACUACUGCAGAUUUAGAAAUUGUGGAAAAUAAAGAUAUUGAUAAUAAAGAUGAAAACAAGGGAAAUGAAAAUUCUGAAAGUAUUGAAUCUGGACAGGAGCAAAAUUUCAAUCAAAAAGACGUGAAUCCUACCAGUCAAAUUUCACAGGACAAAGAUCAGUUAGAAACAGCAAAUAAUGCUCUUAAAACUGAAACAACUUCUCAAACAGCAAAGACUGAAGGGCAAACAUCCUUUGCCCCUUCAAAUCCAAAGGUCACCACAAAGUCAUUUGCAGAACAUGUGAAAGAACACUCAGCUAGAACGAGUACAGUGAAAUCAGCUGCAGCUAAUUUAGAUAAAUUAUUCACUUUUAUUUUAAAUAAACUUAGUAAAAAUGAGCCUGAAGAAAAGGUGCCCAAUAUAUAUACAUUAUACAAACUGAUGCAAUACUACCCUCUAGGGUACAAAACCAACCCUGCCAUGAUGGUUUGUCCAGCACAGCCCUUCCACAUGAGGAUGUCCGUCCUUGGAGAAAUGUUUAAUGAUGUUGGAAAUUAAAAUUGUGAAAUCCAAA